CGUUCAUUUGUUUUUCCACGUCUGAGAGUGUGGCACGUCGUGUGGGUGGUGUGCGCGUGAAACGACGACGACGGGAACCUUUCGUUUUUCGCGUUUUGUUUUUGUACAUAAAUUUCGAACACAAAAAAUACGUCUAAUAAUUGUGUAUAUAAUCUAUGUAUAGUGUAGUUAAUUUUGCAAAAAAACAACAAAAAAUAAUUAAUCAAUUUACAACUGAAAUCACAACAACAACACUGCUGACCCAAUGUCAUGUAACAGCCAAAAACCAAUAAAAACACAACAACCAAAUCAUUCAUUAUAGAAACGUGCAAAAAACGUGCGUCAGUAUAUGUGUGUAUGUGUAUAAGUACGUGUGUGCGUGAGUGUGAGUGUGUACUAGUGUGUGUUUUGUUGUUGCUGCCCGCUCAGGACGAAUUUAAAAUUAGCUAAACAAUUAAAUUUAAGAGACCAUGCAUAAGGAAAAAGUUCUAAGCACACAAAAUGCAAAUAAAGCAAACAACAAAGAGCAUAAAUUAAAAAACGGAUCAACAAAAGAAAAGAGUGAUAAAACAGUUAGUCUGCUGAACAAGAAGGAUGACAGCAGUGAAUAUGAUCUGGUGCCGCCCGAUGGAGGAUGGGGUUGGUUAGUUCUCUUUGGUGCGUGCCUGUGCAACAUUCUCAUUCCGGGUACCAUCAAGAGUUUCGGUGUGCUAUUCGUUGAGUUCACGGAGGCCUUUGAAGUCUCACAAACGAAGUCGGCCUGGAUUCCGGCCUUAUGUUAUUUCCUGUACAGUUCUUUGGGACCUGUUUCGAGUAUUCUGUCAGUCAAGUAUUCCUAUCGCACGGUAACGUUGAUAGGCGCCGUCUCCGCAUCCCUUGGUAUGAUCUUAUCGUUUUGGGCAUCGUCCGUUGGAUACUUAUACAUAAGUUAUGGCGUUCUGGUUGGCAUCGGAGCCGGACUUUCGUUUCCCCCCACAGUGUACAUUGUCACCUCGUACUUCGUGAAGCUGCGCGGUCUGGCCAAUGGCCUGUGCAUCUCGGGCAGUGCCCUCGGCUCCAUCAUAUUGCCACCUGUGUUGCGUUGGCUGCUGGAGGCGUAUGGCUAUCGUGGCUCAUGCUUGAUUAUGGGUGGCAUCACGUUGAAUGUGCUGGUGGGUGCAUUGUUCUAUGAGCCCGUGGAGCAGCAUAUGGUGCGUGUACCACGCGCUCGCCAAGCACUGGACGAUAUACCCGAAGAGGAGGACAUUGGCAUUGUGAUGAAGUUCGAGAAUGUCGAUGAGAAGCCAACACCAACGGCUCCGACCGCAGAGACGGAUCAGAUGGACGAGAAGCAUUUGUUGCCAUACAAUUCACCACCAUCACCGCUGUAUUUGGCCGACGAUGCCGAUAACAAGCAACAGUUUAUACGCAGCGCUUCGGCUGCUGUUGUCCAGAACUACAGCAAGACAGGUGAUGAGUUCCAACCUCGUGCACGCAAGAUUAGCACCCCAGUGCGUCUGCCCCAGCGCAAUCAGACCUUCACGCCGGGUCAAUUGAAUUCACAGUCAUCAUUGUAUGCCGUGCCCGAGGGACGGUCCAGCUCCAAUCGGCUGGCGGCGAGAAACAGCUCACGCAAUCGCCUCUCCAAGCGCUCACCAUCGACCAGCAGUUUUCUGUACAUCAGCACGCCGUAUCACGGCAGCACGUUGUCCUUCCAGCCCAAGGAAUUCUCGUCACACUUAUCGCUACGCUCGGCGGGCAGUGACAAAGCCGGCGGUGAUCAUGCCUCAUCGGAUGCCACUCGAGCGGAUGAUGUGAAGGGCGGCGGCAAACAGCAGCAGAGUCAACGCAGCAAAUUCUUCGAUCUAAGCUUGCUUAGAGAUCCCAUGUACUUGGUCAUACUCAUCUCGAACUCAACGAACGCCAUCAGCUACACCAACUUCAUCAUUCUGUUGCCCGCCUUUGGCUUAAACCGAGGUUUCGACAAAUCCAUGGCCGCCUAUCUGUUGUCUGUGGUGUCGGCAACGGAUUUAAUUGGCCGCAUUGGUGGUUCGGCGCUCUCCGACAUGGGUUUCAUACCCAAGACAUGGUAUUUCGUCGGCGGCCUCUCAGUUUCGGGAGUUUCAUUGGCAUUACUUCCCUUUGCCUACACCUAUGGCGCAGUUAGCUUUUGGUGUGCACUCUUUGGUCUCGCAUCGGGCAUUUAUGUGGGCAUUACGGCCGUCAUAAUGGCCGAUAUGUUGGGCACGGAACGCUUAACAUCAUCCUAUGGCAUCAGCCUGUUUGUCAAUGGCAUACUGCAGUUGGUGGGUCCGCCACUUUGCAACUAUUGGACCGAGUCGGUCAAGGACUACAAUCCGCUCUUCCAUACGCUCGGCCUGACGCUCCUCGUCGGCGCCAGCUUGUGGUCAUUUAUGCCCUGGAUUGAGCGACGCAAAGCCGAAGAGGAGGCGAAAUUGGAGGCGCAACUUGAUGAGGAAGCUGUCGAUGCUGGUUAUUGAAAACCAAAAAGCCAACACCCCACGUACAAUUACAAUUAGUUGUUAGGCUUUAAAUGCGUACAAAAGAAGAUGAUAAGGAGCAAGACAGAAGUGGGAGAUCGCGAGUUGACAGUUGAACGAAUGGGGGAAUAAUAUAAUGUAAUGAAGACGUAGAUGAUGAUGAUGAUAAAGAUGAUGAUUAGACCUAAAAUGGCAUUGGAAAUUUUGGAAAUUGUUAAUUUGUUUCUUCCAUCAGCUUUUUUUGUCUAACUGUUAAGUCUUAAUUAUUAUAUUGUAUAAUUAUUACAAUUUAUUGUUUACUUAAAAUCAAUUUAUAGCUUAAGCCCAAUAACAAAUAAUAUGUGAAAAGUGUGUAGCAGUGAAAAUUUAAGAAAUGAAAAAUAUUUUUUCUAUAAAUAUGCUGAAAAACAAAAACAAAAAACUCAAAAAAAGCAGUAAA